CCGGAGCCGGCCUUCGAAGGCGCGGCGGGGGAGGAGGCCUGGGCCUGCGGGCCGCCGCGAACAGCUGGGGAUCUGCCGGAGGGCGGGCGGGGAGGACAGAGCCCGGGCCGGGCGCGGGAGGAGGCUCGAGUGGGGCGGCCGAACCCGACGCUCCUUCCCCAUGGCCGGGAGCGGGCCGCGAAGGCGGCGGCGGCGCUGACGGGCUUGGGGCGGGGCGGCCGGGGGCCCGGGGCCCUGGGGAAGAUGAACGCCCUCCUAGAGCAGAAGGAGCAGCAGGAGAGGCUGCGGGAGGCAGCGGCCUUGGGGGACAUUCGGGAGGUGCAGAAACUGGUGGAGAGCGGGGUGGAUGUGAACUCCCAAAAUGAGGUCAACGGCUGGACCUGUUUACACUGGGCAUGUAAGCGCAACCAUGGCCAGGUGGUGUCAUACCUGCUAAAAUCAGGGGCUGACAGAGAGAUUCUUACAACAAAAGGAGAAAUGCCCGUGCAAUUAACAUCAAGGAGAGAGAUCAGGAAGAUUAUGGGAGUGGAAGAAGCUGAUGACGAUGACGAGCUCCCCCAGCUGAAGAAGGAGUCGGAACUGCCCUUUGUUCCCAACUAUUUGGCCAACCCAGCCUUCCCUUUUAUCUAUACCCCUGCAGCAGAAGACUCCACCCAGCUGCAGAAUGGGGGCCCCUCCACACCUCCAGCAUCACCCCCUGCAGAUGGCUCACCUCCAUUGCUGCCCUCCACAGAACCCCCUCUGCUAGGGGCCUUUCCUAGGGACCACACCUCCUUGACACUGGUUCAGAAUGGUGAUAUUUCUGCCCCCUCUGCCAUACUCAGAACACCAGAAAGCACAAAACCUGGUCCUGUUUGUCAGCCACCAGUGAGUCAGAACCGCUCCCUGUUCUCCUCUGUCCCAUCCAAGCCACCAGUGUCUCUGGAGCCUCAAAAUGGGACAUAUGCAGGACCAGCGCCAGCAUUUCAGCCAUUUUUCUUCACUGGAGCAUUUCCAUUUAAUAUGCAAGAGCUGGUACUCAAGGUGAGGAUUCAGAACCCAUCUCUUCGGGAAAAUGAUUUCAUUGAAAUUGAACUGGAUCGACAGGAGCUCACCUACCAGGAACUGCUCAGAGUGAGUUGCUGUGAGCUGGGUGUUAAUCCAGACCAAGUGGAAAAGAUCAGGAAGUUACCCAAUACUCUGCUGAGAAAGGACAAAGAUGUGGCCCGACUCCAGGAUUUCCAGGAGCUAGAGUUGGUUCUGAUGAUAAGUGAGAAUAAUUUUCUGAUGGGAAACGUUGCAUCCACACUGACUGAGAGGCCUUGCUACAACCAGAGAACUUCCAAACUGACAUACUAAUGCUGCAGGGCCUUUAUCACUGAGUAUUGUGACUGUAUGUGUCACCUCUAGGCCAAAGGACAAGCCAUUGAUCCCAAAGCCUCGGAUGCCCAACCCCCAGGGCCUCGGGUGCCCCCCAGGGCCUCGGGUGUCACUGCGCAGUGUCCACUAACCCCCUGCCUCAGCAGGAGGGAGCCCCGGCCCCCAGCGCAGUGCCACUCUUCCCAGCCUCUUGGUGCACAAUAAACCUAUUGCUGAGUCUUUGAACAGCUGGAAAGCGGUCUUGAGAGGCAGAGCUGGAGGUACGAUAGCCAGUGUUUCAUGUGCAGAAGCUAGGGAGUCAAAGUGGACACGAGAGCGGACCUGUUUCCAGGCGCCGCUGUUGACGGUGCACCUGUAGGGCCAGGCGCCCUUCUCUUGGUGUUGCAUGCUCAGGAUGCUCCUGAAAUUUGGAACUGGGGAGGGAGACUGAGGUAGAAAGCACAGGUACUGGACAGAGGGAUUCCGGUGUGACCUGUGGCUGUGAGGUUCCAUAUAGCGUAUUUAUAACUGUUACUCAGGUUUAAAGUAUUUAAGAAUCUAGUCACCUAAUUGUAAAUAGGCUGUUAACCAAAAGAGCUUCCCUCCCCCGCUUCUCUUUUGUGACCACUCAUGACUGACUGUCUCAGGCUUUGCGUCUCCUCCCCUCCACGGUCACUAGAGGGCGCUCUGGCGCUUUCUGAAGGAACCACUACAUCUUUAGUGAGGCAGUUCCUGUUAUCCUUGUUCAAUUGCACCAUUCAAGAGCACAGACACUGCUGGUCCACGUCCACCACUCUCACCUCCCACCAGAAAUGAAAAGCAGUUUUUGAGCCUGAAUUUGUUGCUGUUUUAGAGGUUAUUGUGGGAAACUGAACUAAAGGAGUUAGCAUCUUUAUUUUUGUAUCAAAGAUAAAGGUUAUUUUGGCAAUUAUUAGGAUUUUUACAUAACUCUGAAAUCUGUUGCUUUUGUAAACAAAUUGGUCAAUCUUAGGAAUCCCCAUCACCACCACCAUCCACUGGUCAGUCAGUUGUGAGCACCCGAUUAGACUCAAGCACGGCCUAAGGAUCUUUUCCAAGAGUCUUCCCCUUCUCCUCAGCAGCGUUAAAGUUGAAAAGCCUCGGUUUUGCUGAGACAGCUUCACUUUAGAAAUAGGACCCGGCCCACACAGACAAACAAGAGCAGGGGCUGGAGCAGCUGUUGAUGAGGAUCCCUGCUGUCUUAAGCUUACUCCCCAUAGUGCCUAUAGUUUCCAAAGAAACUUAACUUCCUGACGAUUAACUUCAUUUUAUUAGAACACUGCAUUUGAGUGAAAACAUGCAGGUGUCGGUGGAAGAGACUGUUUUGCUGAGGUAAUGGCCUCCCGCUGCCACCUAAAUGCUGAAAGGAGAUUGAGGUGGUCAUGGCCAGCUUAGUGAGGUCACUGUGUAGUGACUUCAUCGUGCCCACCCCUGGUACCCUGGGGAUUUUCCCUUGUAGAGUGUUUGCACAGCAGAGUGGUAGUUGUUCAUCACCCCGUUCUCCCAAGUGCUUUAAUGAAGAAACCUCCCCUGUGUUUCAACCAAUCAGAAACUACUUUAUCUAGAUGUACUAACCUUCCCCCCCACCUUGAUUUGCUUUGGAAAAACUUAGUUUACUGAUACAAUAGUGUGAUUCUAUCGUGGAAGAAAUAAAUUCAGUAUUAAUUAAUGUCUAAAUUACUGGGGUUCAAACUCCUUCAGACACCCCAACUGAUUAGAGAUUCUCAGAAGCAGUAGAGACCUGGCUGGGAGGUGGGCUACAGACCAGUGUUCCAGAGCUCAGGAGCAGUGACCAAGGGUGUUGGUGUCCCAAAUGGGAGAUGUGUCCCACAUGGCUCUGCCCAAUGCCCUGCUCUUUGCUGAUGUCCUCUGUGGUCAUUGCCUCUGGCAGUGGGAUGAACUGCAUGGUUGCUCUUAGGUGAGUUUGAAGUCUUAAUCUAUGCAUUCAGAGAAAUAUUUUUAUAUGCUUUGUGUAAUUUAUAACAAGGGAUUUUCUUUUAAGCGUUGUUAACUGAAUGCACUUCUCCUCAUCCACUGCAUAGUUGAAGCAUGUGUUCACACUGUGUGUAAACAUUCACAGGAGACUGUUGAAACAUAACAGGUAUUAUUAAAAUUAAAUGCUAACUGA